CCCAACUAAGAGCAGAGAUGAAAGUAUUUACCACAUUAUUUGUUAUCGCUUUCGCAGCGGUCCUAGUUCAAGCACUCCCACAAGGACCUGGAGGCCCCCAACGGCCUGGCGGUUCACAAGGAUAUGGAGGCCCACAAGGAUCUGAAGGUCCACAAGGACAUGGAGGUCCACAAGGACAUGGAGGUCCACAGGGACCUGGAGGUCCACAAGGACCUGGAGGCCCUCCUCCUUCACAAGACGGUCAAGGUCAUCCACCACCACCUCCUCCACCUCCACCACGUCCAACACCCCCACCAAGCGGAUCAAACUCUACCACCGAAUCUUCAGUUUCUACAGAAACCACAGAAGUUACUUUGAGUUCUACAGAAACCACAGAAGUUACUUUGAAUUAAAGAAUGCAGAUUUUUUGAACACUAUGUAAUUUUUUUCUUUUUUUGUAGUUUGAUUUUGAACUAAAA